AUGAGUGGGAAAUUGUGGUUUAAACCAAUCGCAGGUCCACGCAUUUCACAGGAUUGUGAAAAAUAUGUUGGAACUUCGCUUUAUGGUAUGAUAACACCACCAAGAUUAGGAAAAACUAAAAACAGAGGAUGGAAUGAAGGUUUUCAGUCUGAUAAAUUAAAGAAUAACUUAUCACCUAGAGUUAGAGUAUUUGUUGAAGUGAAACCAAGAUCAAAAAGUGUAAACUCAAAUAGUCCUGAGUCACCAAAGAGGCGUGUCCAGCAAGACAUGGAGAACACCCUGAAUGAAAAAGAUCGGUUGGAUAACUCAUUUGAAACUUCACAAAGUAAGGGAAAUGUUUUGUUUGGUUUGAAUAACCAUUAUGCAGGAGCUAAAUUCAGUGAGCCUCCCCCACCAGCCAAACUUCCACAGCCGCCAACCCAGUGGAUGCAGAAGCGAACUGAUAAGCUUUACAGCAGUAGACAAAUUAAGGCUCUUUUCUUUGUAGCAUCAAAGCUUCGAAGAAUUUUAUACUAA